AUUGCUAAUGUCUUUAUGCUUCUGCAGUAUGACCUUCCUCUUCUUUCACAUCAUCUAUCAAAUCACCAUCUACAGUUUGCUGGCUGCAAACUCUAUCAAUUCUCAUUUCAACUGUUCAGCGUGGGAGAAGUCAAUACGACAGAUUGGUUUCGAGAGUGUUAUUGGUGCAGAUGCAGGCAAUGGUAUCCGAGUUUUCCUUCCGGAUAUUGGGAUGUUCAUGGCGAGUCUGUCCGUGUGGCUGCUGUGCAGAAAGCUGGUUCAAAAGCGUUCCAGUGAAGAAAUGGCCCGGGACAACUAUGACUUUGAGGCGGAGGUCAGGGAGGAGAAUGACGAGAAGAUGGAAGACGGUGACGAUGAAGAGAUGAUCUUUGAUGAGGACUUUGAUGCAGAAGAUGAAGCAGAGAAAGAGCACGGGGAGGCAGAAGGUCUGGAUGAGGAAGAGGAGGAGGAGGAAGAGGAGAGCAUAAAGAUGAAGAUCCUGCGCAGAGUAGCAGGAGUGGCAGCCAAACUCAAAGAGAGCAUCGGUAACCUCAUCACUACUGCUGGACAAGUGGUGGUUACCAUUCUCCUGGGAUUAACAGGUGUCACGCUUCCCUCUCUGAGCUCAGCCGUCUACUUCUUUGUGUUUUUGGGGCUGUGCACGUGGUGGUCGCUCUGCAAGAGCUUCGACAAGCUCUUCUUCAGCUGUCUGUGUGUCCUCAUGGCCAUCUUCAGUGCUGGGCAUCUCAUCAUACUUUAUUCCAACCAGUUCCAGUUCCUGCAGGAAACCAUCAGCCUCAACGACAGCUACAGCAGUUUGUUUGGCAUCUCCUCCAUCAUUCGAACCGACUGUUCCUCGACCUGGAAACUCACUGUCAACAGUGGCCUGAACUGGCACCAUUUCCUCAAUCCCAUCAUGCUCUUGGUUCUGUACUACACACUGGCCACCUUGGUCCGUCUGUGGCUGCAAGAUCCCAUGAUCACGCAGAAGAGUGAGGAAGAGGAGAUAAACGAGGAAAAUGAGUCUGCUGGAAACCGUUUCAUUUACACGUCGAUCAGGAAGAGGCUGCUCUGGUGGAAAGCGCAUCAGACGACUGAGGAAACAAAUCUCAUUUCCACUCUGGAUGGGUACAGCACCUCAGAGGUAAUGUUGCUUAACUCUAACGGGACGUCGUUUGACUAUGUGUCUGCUGUGCCCAUUGAGAACGGACCGGUCACUCUGGAUAUUUACUCAGCUCCUCAGUAUAAAGUGGAUCAGUCUGUUGAAUUUGACGAGAAGACAGAUGAAAACACAGCUGAGCUCAACGACUCACAGCUGGAGGAAGAGGAGAAGACAGACGAGGAAGAGGAAGAGCAGGGCGGACCGCCAGACGCUCUCGUAAAAGUGUUCAAGUUUAUCAUGAAGCAGAGCUACAUCUGUGCUCUUAUUGCUAUGAUGGCGUGGAGUAUAACGUACAUUAGCUGGCCAACGUUUGUCUUUCUGCUGUGGUCCUGUACUCUGUGGAUGGUGCGAGACCGGAGGAAAUAUGCCAUGCUGACCUCCCCGUUCAUGGUGGCCUAUGGGAACUUCCUGCUGGUCUUUCAGUAUAUCUGGUGUUUUGAGCCCUUGAGACCAGUGCCAGGUUUCUUUCUGAAGAUGGAGGUGCCCUUCAGUGAACUGAGCAACAAGGUUCUGUGUCAGCUGAGUUUCUGGCUCCUGCUUCGACAAACUUUGAUGGAACGACAAGAGAAGAUCGAAGAGGAAGCAUCGCUUUGUGACGUCAAAGUAGAUGAGCAGGAACAAAAGGAAGAAAAAGAGGAAGAGGAGGGGGACGAGAAUGACAUGAUGCAUGUGAUUGGGAAACUGGUGAUGGGUCUGCUGGUGAAAUACUGGAUCUAUAUCUGCGGAGGAAUGUUCUUCUUCGUCAGCUUCGAAGGAAAGAUGGUCAUGUACAAGAUCGUCUACAUGAUGAUGUUUCUGUCCUGCGUGGCUCUUUACCAGGUGCAUUAUGAAUGGUGGCGCAGGAUCCUGAAGUACUUCUGGAUGUCUGUGGUGAUGUACACCAUGCUAGUGCUCAUCUUAAUCUACACCUGUCAGUUUGAGAACGCCAUCGACUACUGGUCCAAAAUGACGGGGUUUUCAAUAAAUGGACUGGAGGCCAUGGGUCUGGAGAAGUACAUCCUCUCUGAUCUGUUCACCCGUAUCUUCAUCCCCACGUCCUUCCUGCUGGUCUGCAUCCUGCACCUGCAUUACUUCCACGACCGCUUCCUGCAGCUCACCGAUCUCAAAGCCGUCAUCAGCAAAGAGCAGAGCACCAUUUACAGACUGGCUCAUCCUGACGGGAGUCUGGCCGAUCUGACAAUGAUGAGCUCGUCUCCAGAGCCGCUGCUGAAGGAGGAGAAAGAGAAAGAGUCCAUGAACGAGGUGAUGCUUGUGGACUGUGUGGACGAGGAGAAGAAGAAAGAGUCUCUGUCCAUCCAUUCAGCUCAUCUGUCCAGUCAGGAGGACCUUCAGCAGUUCAGCGCCGCCACCGAUCCUGAAAUGCCCUCCGAACAGAGCUCAGACCUCAAGAAUAAAUGGCACUUGGUGGUGGACCGGCUCACGGUCCUGUUCCUCAAGUUCCUGGAGUACUUCCAUAAGCUGAAGCUCUUCAUCUGGUGGCUCCUGGAGAUGCACAUCAUCAAGAUCGUGUCCACUUACAUCAUCCUGCUGUCUGUCAAAGAGGUCUCGCUCCUGAACUAUGUGUUUUUGAUCUCAUGGGCGUUUGCGCUGCCGUAUAAGCAGUUUCGAGUUCUCGCUUCUAGCGUUUGCACCAUCUGGACAUGUGUCAUCAUCAUCUGCAAGUUGUUGUAUCAGCUAAAAACCAUCGAACCCAAAAACUACUCAAGCAAUUGUUCUAUGCCAUCCAACUACUCAGACAAGCAAAAGAUGGACCUGCGUCAUUCUCUACUGUACCAGAAGCCUGUGGAUCCUGCAAACUGGGUCGGCUUGGAGAAGUUUGAAGAACCUGUACUGCCCAACCUGAGGAAUAACUUGUUGAUGUUGGCCAUCUUGGCGUUUGAAGUCACCAUUUACAGACACCAGGAGUUUUUCCGUCUGAGAAACAAACUCUCUCCUCCUCCCUCUCGGACCAUCUUUCAUGACAUCACCCGGCAACACCUCGACAACAGCAUCAUCAACUGUGUCAAAUACUUCAUCAACUACUUUUUCUACAAGUUUGGUUUAGAGGUGUGUUUCCUGUUGGCGAUCAAUGUGAUGGGACAGCGGAUGGAUUUCUACUCCAUGCUGCACGGUUUGGCUCUGGCUGUGGUAAUGUACAGACGCCAGAGGAAAGCCAUCGCUGAGAUCUGGCCCAAAUACUGCUGCUUCCUUGCCUGCAUGAUCACCUUCCAGUACUUCAUCUGCAUUGGAAUCCCACCAGCUGCUUGUCAAGAUUAUCCCUGGAGGUUUUCCGAACCCAUGAUGGAUUCUGACAUCGUUAAAUGGCUUUACCUUCCUGAUUUCCUCACUCAGCCCAACUCCAUGUUCCUCACCUAUGACUUCAUGCUGCUGCUGUGUGCAUCGCUGCAGCUGCAGGUGUUUGAAGAUGAAAACAUAGCAGCUGUUCGUCUGAUAGCGGGAGAUAACGUGGAGGUCUGCCGAGACCUGGACGCAGCAUCCUUCAGCGUUCACAACCCCGUACCAGACUUCAUUCACUGCAGGUCGUACCUGGACAUGCUGAAGGUGAUCACGUUCAGCUACCUGUUCUGGUUCGUCCUGACCGUCAUCUUCAUCACGGGCACGACUCGGAUCAGCAUCUUCUGCAUGGGUUACCUGGUGGCAUGUUUUUACUUCCUGCUCUUCGGUGGCGAUCUCUUGCUCAAGCCAAUCAAGAAGCUCAUCCGUUACUGGGAUUUCCUCAUAGCUUACAAUCUUUUUGUCAUCACAAUGAAGAACGUGUUUGCUAUCUUGGCGUGUGGUUAUAUCAAGCAACUGGUGAAGAAUAACUGCUGGUUGGUUCAGCUGCUCAGUCUUGCCUGCACCAUAAAAGAAUACAAAGCUCUUGAAGGCGUGUCUUUAGAGGGAUGUGAAGUGCCGAAGGACGAGGCUGGGAUUAUUUGGGACAGCAUCUGCUUCACGUUCCUCCUGCUGCAGAGACGUGUUUUCAUGAGCUACUACUUCCUGCAUGUGGUCGCAGACAUCCGCGCCGGACAGAUUCUAGCAUCUCGAGGAGCAGAGCUGUUUCAGGCCAGCAUUGUGAAGGCUGUAAGAGCUCGUCUGGACGAGGAGAAGAGAUCCAUGGAGCAGCUGAAGAGACAGAUGGAUCGUAUUAAGACACGACAGCAGAAGUUUAAGAGAGGAAAGGAGAAGAUGCUCAGCAUGGCUCAGGUGUCUGGAGACGGGCAGAAACUCGUCCAGCCCGACAACAACGAUGAUGCUGAUGCUGAUGCUGAUGAGAAAAAGAAAAACAAGGUGCAAAAAAAGCAGUGGUGGAGGCCUUGGGUUGACCAUGCGUCCAUGGUUAGGAGUGGUGAUUAUUACUUGUUUGAAACUGACAGUGAAGAGGAGGAGGAAGAAGAGGACAGAAAAGAUGAAGAACAGCCCAAGAGAUCAGCCUUCCUGCGAGCGAUCAGAAAGUUUGCAUCUGCCCUCGUGGCUUUACCCAGAUCAGUCAUAAAACUGCCCAAAACUGUCCUGCAGUAUUUAAUCAGGGCGGCCAAGUUUGUGUACCACACUUGGAUUGCUGACUCUAAAGCAGCUCUGAAAGAAAAAGGCAAAGGGAGACGUCAUUUCUGGAAGCGAUACGGACGCAGACGUAGAAAAGACAAGAAAGAAGGUCAUGAGGCGAUAGAGAUCGAUGAAGAAGACCGUGAGAGUUCAGAGGAAGACAAAACGGACGGACCAGACAAUAUCAUCAAGAGGGUCUUAAACAUAAUCAAGUUCACCUGGGUGCUGUUUCUGACCACCAUUGAGAGCUUCACCAAGUGGCUGAACUCCAUCUGCAGAGAAUACAUCGACAUCUCCACCGUUCUGCGCAUCGAGCGCUGCAUGCUGACCAGAGAAGUCAAGAAGGGACAUGUGCCGUCCCGUGAGAGCAUCCAUAUGUACUACCAGAAGCAGAUGAAAAUGAUAGGAUCUUGUGAAUCUGGACUGGACCAGAUCGGUGAGGAGGACUACUGCUCGAACACAGACCACCGCAGACGGGUCGACCACAGUCUGGAUUCCUUCGCUUCCAGAGACAGCAUGUCCAGUGCAUACACCGAAGCCACCAUGCUGUUUUCCCGUCAGUCCACCUUGGACGAUUUGGAUGACAUGCCUCAGAAUAUUCCCAAAACCAGCGAGCGUGCUCGUCCCAAACUGCAUAAAAUGUACAGUUUGGAGAUUUGCAACUCCUCUUUGGACAGUGGAAGCGGCGUCAUGUCCAGUGAAGUUACUCAGUCCACCACACUUUUCUCUCAGCAAGGAACCAAUGACAGUAUAGACGAGGUCCAGGACGAGAGAGAACAGGUGGAGGAAAAAGAGAAGGAAACUGUUGGAGAAGAUCAUGAGGAAGUGAAACAGGAAGUGAUGGAUGAGCUCACAGAGGAAAUGACACAGGAAGUGACGGAUGAGCUCACAGAGGAAGUGAUACAGGAAGUCUCAGGAGAAGUGGAAGAGGGAAAACAAUGGGAUUUGGUGGUUCCACAGAAAGCAGAUGAAGAUGUUCAGGUUCCUCAGCUGGAUUGUGAGGAGCAUCGAGAGGAAGAGCAGUGCAUUUCUGAAGAUGAGGACGGUGAACAGUCAAUCCGACAGGACGAAGGUGAAUCAUCAGGAUUGGAGAACAUGCAGACAGAUGUGGUCAGUGUGCAGCUUUUCACCCCGGACACAGACGCUGACAUGCCGCCCAGCUACAGCAAAGCCGUGAGCUUCGACUGUCUGUCUAUGAGCUCGGUCGAAAGCUACAGUGACAAACGGCGGAUGCUGAUGACGCCUGACAGCAGAUCUGAUCUGGAUGACCCUCCGCUGCCCCCCAUGACCACCGAUCUGACCGCCAGCGAACUGCUGCUCAACAGAAUGUUCUAUGAUGAGGAGCUGGAGAACUCUGAGCAUUUCUAUAAAUCGCAGCCGCUCGGGCUCCAGCUGUGUUAUGCUCUUUAUAACCUGCUGGUGGCGCACUCUGAGAUGGUCUGUUUCCUGGUCAUCAUCCUCAACCACAUGAUCUCAGCAUCCAUGGCUACUCUGGUGCUGCCCAUCCUCAUCUUCCUGUGGGCGAUGCUCUCCAUUCCUCGGCCCAGCAAGCGUUUCUGGAUGACGGCCAUCGUGUACACAGAGGUCACCAUCGUCGUCAAAUACUUCUUCCAGUUCAGCUUUUUCCCAUUCAACCAGAACCUGGAAUUCAACAAGGGGAAGCCGUACCAUCCGCCCAACAUCAUCGGCACAGAGAAGAAAGAAGGAUACGUGCACUAUGACCUGGUUCAGCUGCUGGUGCUGUUUUUCCACCGAUCCAUACUAAAGUGUCACGGACUCUGGGAUGAAGACGAUCCUAAAGCGUCCCAUAAGGAUGAGUGUCUUAGUCAGGACGAGUCUGUAGACGAGGGGAAGAUGGCUCCCAAGGAAGAGAAGAAGAGUUCUCCAUGGUACUCGUUCAAGUCUGUGAACCUCAGCAUGUUCGUGGAUUUGUCCAAGGUGCACAAGAACGUACGUUACCCUCAGCAUCGGCCUCACCUGUCGCAGGAGAGCACUAGUGGAUUUCACCUGUCCCGCCGCUCAUCUGUGCGCUCCAAACACGGCAGCUCAAGCACACGGAACAGCAUUCGCAGGGAAAACAGCAUCGCAGAGCCAGAAAUUCCUCAGAAGAGCCGGAAAGAAAUGAUCAUGGAGAAGAUCCGAGAGCAGCUCAUCAAAGUAAAGGUUUAUGUGAUCAAAAAACUGGUUGAGUUUUAUCAGCCCAUCCGUCAGUUCUUCUAUAACCUGAUCCAUCCGGAGUACAGCGCCGUGACGGACGUCUACGUCUUGAUGUUUUUAGCAGACACCAUUGAUUUUAUCAUUAUUGUCUUUGGAUUUUAUGCAUUUGGGAAACAUCAUGCUGGUGCUGACAUCACAUCCUCGCUGUCAGAAGACCAAGUCCCCGGGCCGUUCCUCGUCAUGGUGCUCAUCCAGUUCGGCACGAUGGUGGUGGAUCGCGCCCUGUACCUCCGCAAGACAGUGAUGGGAAAAGUGAUUUUCCAGGUCGUCCUGGUGUUCGGCAUCCAUUUCUGGAUGUUUUUCAUCCUACCAGGAGUCACAGACAGACGCUUCAGUCAGAACCCGAUCGCUCAGGUCUGGUACUUCGUCAAAUGUAUUUACUUCGGCCUGUCAGCGUAUCAGAUCCGCUGUGGAUAUCCAACUCGCAUCCUGGGAAACUUCCUCACCAAGAGCUACAACUACGUCAACCUCUUCCUCUUCCACGGGUUCCGUCUGAUCCCGUUCCUGACGGAGCUGCGUGCGGUGAUGGACUGGGUUUGGACGGACACGACGCUCAGCUUGUCUAGCUGGAUCUGUGUGGAGGACAUCUACGCUCACAUCUUCAUCCUCAAAUGCUGGAGGGAGUCCGAGAAGCGUUACCCUCAGCCCCGCGGGCAGAAGAAGAAGAAGUUCAUCAAGUAUGGAAUGGGCGGCCUGAUCGUGAUGCUCCUGAUCUGCAUCGUUUGGUUCCCGCUGCUCUUCAUGUCUCUGGUCAAAUCUGUGGCAGGAGUGGUCAACACCCCGCUGGACGUGUCCGUCACGCUCACGCUGGGAGGACUUCAGCCGAUCUUCACAAUGAGCGCCCAGCUGAACCAUCUGAAACAAAUCUCUUCAGACACAGAGUUUGCCAAGUUGUCAAAAAUAUACCAUGCUAAUCCAAGUGCCCAGCUGUUCUUGGAGUCUUAUAAUUAUGAGGAUUUGACAAUAGCAGAACUAGAAGGAAGUUCCAACUCGCUCUGGACCAUCAGCCCCCCGAGCAAGAAGAACCUCAUUAAUAUGCUCAAUGACACGAACGAGAAGUUUCCUCUCACCUUCACCUGGUCCAUACAGAGAAACCUCAGUUUAGGUGCCAAAGCUGAAACUGCAAUAGGAAAACACACGAUUAACUUGGACAUGCCCACGAGAACUAAGCUCAAAAAACUACUGAAUGGAACCGAACACAAAGAAGUGCUCAUCGAAAACAUUUUUCCAAGAUACAUCAGAGCACCAAGUGACUCCAAUGCCAAGCCUAUUGCACAGCUCUACAAAAAUGGUAAAGAAUACAUGAACAUCAUACUGUCCUUACGUAAUUCCAGCACAGAGAACAAAGCGAAAAGAGACAGAUCAGACGCCAUCCAAGAGUGGUGGGUGGUGAAUCAGACAGAACCAGGGCCGUUGUCUGUGGGCUCAGCCAGGAAAGCAAACGAAUCUGGUCUGGACAUCUAUAUCUUCAGUGACGAAGUCAGUCCUCCCAGUCUGGGCUUCCUGGCUGGUUAUGGGAUCAUGGGUCUGUACAUGUCGGUGGUUCUGGUUAUCGGGAAGUUUGUGCGUGAAUUCUUCAGCGGGAUCUCGCACACCAUCAUGUUCGAUGAGAUGCCUAACGUGAACCGGAUCCUCAAGCUCUGCACGGACAUCUUCCUGGUCCGAGAGACGGGAGAACUGGACCUGGAGGAAGACCUGUACACCAAACUCAUCUUCCUCUACCGCUCUCCAGAAACCAUGAUCAAGUGGGCCAGAGAGAAGAGCGAGUGAGGAUGAGGAGGAACUCCAGACGAACCACGAGAAGCACAAAGCUGGAAUUGCAAGUGUUGGAUUGAACCGAUUGUUCUUCAUGAUAACUAAUGUAACGUUAGCACUCGUGCCGUUUUUUUAUCCGGUGUAUGUGCACUUGCUAGUGUUUGAUAAAUGAACUUUAAGGGCUUCAUCUAUGAUGCAACUUUCACCUUAAUUAAGAAAUACUCAACCUACUUUAGACUUAGCAGGACCGAAGCCCUGUAGGUGGCGCUGUGAAUGACUUGACUGUCCCUAUUUGCCUUAUUUCAUUUGUACAAUCAACUAGAUGCAUCAUGAUCCACUAUCUCUCUCAGGAAUACAUUCGGAUAAUUUCACGAAAACAGGAUACCAACCUUUUUUCUCAUGUGCAACAAAGUGCGAAGAGGAAUACGCAACUAACAUCUGUAAUUUAUGAACACUGAUUUGGGAAGUGAAAAGUAUGUUUGGUGUUUUAUAUGUAUAAUGACUUUUCAUAACUAAUGGGAGAUUAUUUUCACACUAUAAUGAAUUAUCAGUUUCAGCAACUCAUUUGUUAAACAGAGAAUUCAUGUUUCUGUGCACAUUUCUUUGGGAAUCCAAAUCAUUUCAGGAGUAAUUUAAACAGAUUUGUUCAGAAGAAAUUUGGGAAUGGAUUUCUGUGUAGAUUUCUUCACAAGUCAAAGUGAUUUUAUGAACAAAUUUGCACAGAAAUCGGUUCAGAAUGAAUUUUAAAAUAUUCUUCAUAAAUCCAAAUGAUUUUAUGAAUUAUCUAUACAUUAAAUGUUCUAAAUGUUUUUUUUUAUGUUUCUUUUUUAGUGAUUAUUUCCACAGAAAUAAGUU